GCCCCCGGCGUUCCCGCCGCUCCGUGCGAGUCCGACCGGUCCGACCUCGAGUGAGUGUGGUGAGAGGUGUGUUUAUGUGAUAUUGUAAAUAAAUUGUUUUUUUGUCCUGUGUAACGUAUUCGCUCAACGUGCGAAGAAAUGGCGUUUUCGUUCGGAUCUCCGGCCGUCACCUCUGCUAGCACGGGUUUCGGAUUCGGGACGCAAAAGCCGACGACGGGCUUCGGUUUAGGUAACACGUCCUUCGGCACCGCCACCACCACGUCCAGCCCGUUAACGUUCGGCGCCCUGGCCACCCCGACGACGUCCAUAGGUCUCAACUUCGGAUUUGGUACUCCGCCGACUUCCACACUAGCGCAGUGCAGCAGUCUGCUUCUGGGAACCAGCACGGCUACUACAAUGACCACUGCUCCCAGUUUAUUUCCCACCCCUACCACGUCCGCGCCUUUAUUCACGGGUCUCAGCUUCGGCACGCCGGCCACGACGAAUGCUCUAACAUUCGGCGCCACGUCUAAUACGACAGCACCAGGAAGUUUAACCUUCGGUACAGCCACCACUAACACUUCCUUGUUUGGAUCUGGAACUGGAAGCACUUUAUUGGGCGCCAAGCCGACGACCAUUCUCAGUACCGCAACUAGUACUGGUAAAGGACUCGGCGGCUUGGACGUUUCCGUGAAUAAUAAGGGUCUCUCUCAAGGAAAUAGUAGUUCGACAGCAGCCAAGGAGAAUCUAUUGCCAAAUGAACUCAUGCAAACUAUAGAUAAAUUCAAGGAAUUUGUAAAAAUACAGAAAGGCCUAUCUUCAGAUAUCGCGAGAGGCUCGGCGAGACCAUUGAACCGAUGCGCGGAAGAUACGGCGUCCCUGAUGGAAAUCCUGUCCACCUUGUCUGGUUCGGUGCAACGAGAUCGUUCCUCGGCCGAUAAACUGAAGCAGGACACGGCGAGGGCGUUGCAGAGCGCCGAAAUAGCCCAAAGAACACACGAUACUCCACCGGGCUUGCAAUACGAGAAUAAUGCGCCUUUACAGUUCUUUAUGGAAUUAGCCGAAAGCUUCGAGCAAGAUUUGAUGUUAUUCCGAUCGCAAAUUGAGACGACCGAGAAGCACAUACUAACCAUGAUGGCGCCAAGAACAUUAACACCACAAGAACUAACAACGACCAUGAGUAAGCUUCACGAGUCUUUGGUCGCAGUUGCUGGCCGACUGCAAAGCGUGCACGCCAAAGUACAGCAACAGAAAGAACAGUAUCUCAAUUUCAGAAAAUACGUAUUGAAGGAUAACACUAAUGUUUUCGACAAUAUCAAAGCGAACAGUAAAUCUAAUCGAAGCAACAUCGGCAGGAUCACGUGUGGUCCCACUCCUUUUGGACCAGGAAAUAAAAACUUUUUGUCGUCGACGACAUUAAACUCGAACCGGCCAGCGAGUUACGAAACACGAAAUCCUUUAGUUUGGGAAAGUUCGACGCCGGUACCGUCUGCCACUAACAUUACUAUAGGCUCGUCCACGAAACCGCCGACAGCAAGUUUAAAUUUUAACGCACCGAUUAACCUGACCGCACCAGUACCAGUAAACGGAACCAACUCGAACUUUCAACUUCAGAAGCCUCCCGUUGGCAAUAAACGAGGGAAACACUGAUCAUUCAGUCUCGGAUCAUUUUUUGUAACACAAGCCUAUUGUUAUCUUCAACACACGUUGUAAAGUCCUCUCUACCGGAUUGUUAACGUUAAUGACGAUGUUAAGGCAAACAUUUGAAAAGUAUUUUUGUAUUGAUCAUUAUUAAUCAUUGUGAUAUUCUUAUCUUUUUCUACAUGUGUUGUCGAUAUAUACAUAGCGUAAUCUUUAUUGGACUUUGUACCUUAUGUUACAGAUAUCUUCAUAUCUUACACAGCAGUCAAACUUUUAUAUUAUUAAAUACCUAAAAUUUAAUUAUUUUGUAACAAUAUGUGCAUUAUUGGUGCACAGGUACAUAAAGACAAUUUUCUACUAAAACCUAUCCGAUGGAUUCCAGUAUAUACAUGUGCCCAGCGAGAAAAAAAUGACUCGUCGACGAAUGUCGAAACGAUGUCGAAGAAUCGAGAAAUCGUCAAAUUGACAUCGAUCGACGAAUUAUUUCUCACUGGGUAGAUAUUGUCGUAUACACAUAUCUGCAAUUACCUCGCGUUUGAUGUGGAAUAAUACAAAGACCGAUAACCGCAAAAAUACACAGAGUUAAAUGGUAAUAUAUUGAAUUAGCAGAAUUAAGUUGGCCCCUUCUUCGAACAUAGAUACUUUAAGGAUAGCAUGAGAAAUGUAUUUAUGAAACAGGGAAAUAGUAUAACAUUGUGCUCUAUGCCUACAUCGAAAAUGGUAUUUAAUCUAGACAAUAUUGUUAAAUAUAUAAAGUAUAAAAAAA